AUGGGUUGCCUCACUCACCGCAAAAAGGUCAUUGACCAACGUGCCGAGCAGAAAUGGGACUAUAUCAACCUCAACGACUUCAAGUCACGAGGAUGCCUCACUCCGUUCGCGUACUUUUACCUGUGGCUCAUGUUGAUCAUCUCCCUCGCCGUCUACGGCGUCGAUAUGUUCACUGCCAUCAACCUCCUGGCUUUCGACCGCUGGUCCUCCGAAAUCGACCCCGCCAUCGACUUCAAGAUCUCCAAGUGGAUCUUCUCCAUUUCCAUCAUCGCCUCCUUUGUCAAUCUCGCCUUUGAGCAUUUCCGGGCGCACCGCGUUAUGAAGCGAGGAAACGUAGCUGAAUGCUACCUCGACACCAUUGCCGUUCGCCUCGAGAGUAUCCGAUUCGGAAAGGGCCAGGGUUGGAAGCGUUUCUUGGUCUUUGCCGAACUCACCAAGAGUAAGAAGGGAGCCGAGUAUAUUGCUCUGUUCACCUACUUCAGCUUUCAAUCCUGGAUUCGUGUACUGGUCUGUUCGGGACCUCGUCAGGUCGUCAACGCAUUGACUCUCAAGUCUGUCUACGACGCCAAGCUUGCUGUUCACGAAGUCUCCGUCGAGGGCUCUCUGCUGGGUUUCUUUGAUAAGAUUAAGACGCUUGCCACGGAGGAUUACCAGCAGGCUCUCAUCCUGUCGGGUAUGGUCUUCACCCUACUCAUUUGGGUCUUCUCCGCUCUCUACCUCAUCAUGGCUGUCCUCUUCUACGUCUUCUUCCUCUUCCACUGGAUCCCCAAGGCCGAUGGAGGUCUCUCGGGCUACUGCGAGCGCAAGGUCACCAAGGCCCUCAUGAAGAUUGUUACAGUCAAGGUCAACAAGGCGUUAGCGAGACAGGAGGAAAGCAAGAGAAAGGCAGAAAUGAAGGCGGCCAAGAAGAAUGGUGAAAAGAUGCCCCUGGAGCGACAGGCCACUCUGCCGACUCUACCCAAUGUCGGAGACCCAGACAAAUUGGCCGAGAUGCCCAUGUUUGGCCGCAACGACACCUUCGCGACACUGCCCGCCUACGAGUCUCGUCCCGGGACCCCCGGCAGCAUCGAGCUCAACUCCAUGGACCAGAAACGCCCCCUGCCCUCGAGAAUGGGCACCACCACUUCCACGGCCAGCUACUCGUCGCGCGCACCUCUUGUUGGCGGCGCUGCCGACUUUGGAUACCAGCGCUCGGGCUCUCCGGCUCCUUCUCUGCCACCCAUGGACUUGAACAACUACCCUCCUCAGCGCCCUAGCACUUCCAACUCGCAAAGGAGCUUCCGGCCUCAAAUCUCUCACGUGCAAACCAACUCACAGAGUUCUCUCCGUGGUGGUUUCUCGGAGAGCCCCUCUACAUACUCUCCCGACACGAUGCCACCCUUCCCUCCGCCUGUGAGAUCCAACACUGGCCGAUCGGUAGAAAGCUUCAGAUCGCAAAGACAAAACACGUACCAGAGUGACCGUGGCACGCCGGCGCCCAGAGGCACCUACGACGACUACUCGAACCAGUCGAAUGGACGGGCCAGCCCCGCACCCUCAGCAUACUCAGGCCGCGCUCCUGCACCCAUGCCCCGUGGUCCCGGUCCGCUCAACAACACCCCGUACCAAGCGUACCAGCCGUUCAACCCGCAACGGAGCGCGACUGGCCCGGUUCCGCCCCGAGGCCCGCCGAAUGCUCCCACGCGGAACAUGACGGCGCCCGUGCCUCCCCGGCCACAGGACGACUACUUCAACCGUCCUGGCACCUCACAGAGCCAGCGGCCGAGCCCUCGCGGCCCUGGGUACGGCUACAACAACGAUGUAGAAUCUCAGAGGGAUCCGCGGUACUAG